AUGGCAUCCGUUCAAGAUUCCAGAUAUGGCCAGAAAGAUACAUCUGACCAGAACUUUGAUUACAUGUUCAAACUGCUCAUUAUCGGCAACAGCAGUGUUGGAAAAACCUCCUUUUUGUUCCGAUAUGCUGAUGAUUCCUUUACAUCUGCAUUUGUAAGCACGGUUGGGAUCGACUUCAAAGUAAAAACAGUUUUCAAAAAUGAGAAAAGAAUUAAGCUACAGAUUUGGGACACAGCAGGCCAGGAGAGGUACAGAACAAUUACCACAGCUUACUACCGGGGUGCAAUGGGUUUCAUUUUAAUGUAUGACAUCACAAAUGAAGACUCUUUCAAUGCUGUGCAGGAUUGGUCAACUCAAAUCAAAACGUACUCUUGGGAUAAUGCCCAGGUUAUUUUGGUUGGCAACAAGUGUGACAUGGAGGAUGAGCGGGUAAUCUUCACUGAGAGGGGAAAACAUUUAGCAGAGCAACUUGGAUUUGAAUUUUUUGAAACAAGUGCCAAGGAGAACAUUAAUGUCAAGCAGACGUUUGAGCGACUUGUGGAUAUCAUCUGUGACAAAAUGUCAGAAAGUCUGGAGACGAAUCCCACCAUUGCUGCCAGCAACCAGAACACACAGCUAAAGGACACCCCUCCUCCACAGCAGCCCAACUGCAGCUGCUAAUGCAGCAAAGGCAGCUCCAGUGUGUUCUAUUGCCAACAGAGUAUUUAUGAAUGGUCUAUAUGUGUUUAUUUAUACUGUCUUACUGAUUUGUUUGGGAGAACAUUCUUGUUCUACAUCAUCAGCUGUUUGGAUAUGCAUAUGGGGAUGGAGCAGUUUUAAAUCUGAAAGGAUUAUCUAUAUUUUAGAACCUGGCUUUUGCAUGCAGGGUAUAUAUUCAUUUCUCUUUUCUUUUUACUCUUUUAUGUCACACUUCAGCUGGUACCAUGUCCUCAGACCAUGUUUGCCUAUAAUUGUCUCUCACUUCAUUGGUUUUAAGUUAUAUAGUUGAAACUUUAGGGUAGUGGUCAGGGUGUUUUGAGUUAACUUCCUGAUGCCAUUUGUGUAUUUUCAUGAUUGAAAAUUAAUUUAGAAGUAUUUCUGUAGUGAGCUAAUCCCUCAUUCUGUCCAGAUCACUUGUACAAGGGACACUUCUUGGAGCACAUUGCCUUGGCAAAUCUACACUCACUAUAUUACACGUCCUGUCUGACUGAAAACUGCAAAAUUUGAAGGAAGAUAGAUCCUGGGCCCAAAGCCAUCAAAAUGCCCUGUGAAUUUCCAACUGGAUAUGGAUAUUCAGUCCAGAGUCUCAGAGAUAUUAGGUACCUCAUCCUGUAGGGACAGCUAGUGUAUUUAUUUUUAAAUAGUCUGCAUGUCUAGCUAAUAAUUUUCUGAAACUGGACUUAAUUUCUCAAUCCAUUAUUAUGGAGAUCCUAGUCUUACCUAUCCCUGUAGUAGAAUGCUAGUUAGCUCUUUCCAUUUCUGCCUGCAUGAGACAUUAACCACUCAAUCCUAUAUUAUGUCUGACAGAGCCAAAUCCAUUUUGUUUGGUUGUUCAUAGCCAAAAGCUGCCUUGUCACGUUGUUGUCAAAUCUGUGUGCUUCAGUUUUCAGGAAUUUCAUCUCCCAUUCAGUCACUAGACAGCUACCACCACAGUGGCUUCCAAUAUCUGCAUUUUGCUCAGAACUAUUGCAGAAAUGUUGAUGGUGUCGGUGAACUGAAGUUUGAACUCAUUUUUUUCUAUUUAUUUUGGCAAGAGAAUUGGGAUUUUUAAAACUUUAGGAGUAAUAAAAAACUGUCAACAUUUCUAAUCUUAGGCUGAAUACAUUGAAAAGAUCAUCAAAAGAAUGUGAAGAUAGCAGAAUAAAGUACAGAAAUUCAUUUAUAAUAAAGUGUUGAAAUAGUUGUAUUUCACAGUUUUUACUCCGCUAGAAACUGGUGGAAGUUUCUUCCUGAAUAUCCUGAAGUACUUUGUACAACCGCUUUACUUGCAUCACAGUGACUUUUUUUUAACUAAACAACAUAAUUGAAGAAGCACCAAUUAUUUUAUUUUUCCAAUUAUACAGAAUUUAAGACAAGGCUGGCAUUUUUUAAACUGUCAGCAAUGAGGAAAAUCUGAAAAAUAAAAGGAAUUAACACAUAGUAUAUUGAAUGUCUCAACAACUGCAAAGAAAUCCUUCUUUACAGUUUAUGUUUUUUGGAGGUAAUUUAUAUAACUCCUGAUAUACACUAAGAGAAAAAUGGCCGCUUUUUAAAAAUUGAUUAAAUAAUCUGAAUACACUUUGACACAAUAAAAGUUACUUCCAAACAAGGCAUAUAGACACAUGUAAAAUAGAUAUUCUAGAAGGGUACUACCUGGGAUGCCUAAUUUAAAUGAAUCAAUGCUGUCUGCUGUCUUCAGUCUGGGUUUUAAAGCCAUGUCUGUCCUCUUAGCUAGUUUAUUUAAGUACUUUUCCCCCUAGUAGACAUGGAGGCUGAUUUCCCUCUAUGAAGAGAAAGCACCCUCCUUUUUUAGAGUGGAGGACCAUCCAGGUAGAAGUGGUAUGUGGUAUCCAAACCAUGAUCCUGUCUCUCUCCAGGAUGUUUGUUUUUUUCCCUCCCCCAUUUAAGACAUCGUGUCUUAAUGCUAUGUGUGCUAAGAGACUUUCACUAGUACCCUUUCACCCACUUGGUGCCAGCUGAUUGGAAAAAACAAAAGCGAUACAAAGUUAGGCAUACUUCAUUUGAGAUGUCUGCUGGGCAGUUUUACAUGCUUAUCUUGUUAUGUCAGUGAUUCUUGCUCCAGAAGAAGGAGCAGGAAAACCUUGAGACAGAAUCCAGCUUCAGCUCUCAAGUUCUUAAGACAAAUCUUAGGUUGUAUUAUUCAUCUGAACCAUCUCAGGCAAGGAGGGGAGAGACAUAAUCACGUUGUCAAGGAUCGUGGGCAUAUCCUGAAUCAUGCAGCUUGGCUAGAAGUGCAAGUAUUCUUCCAGCUUUGCUCUGAGAUGUUUGAUGUGAAAUGGUCAUCUCCUGUGCACAGUGCAAUAAGGAAAAAAGACUUCAAGGUGUCCCUUGAAAAACAAGCAGCCACACUUUGCUUGUAUCCUAUUGCAAUGAAUUUAAGACCCUCCCUGUCUGUGUCUGUGACCAUUUAGACUCUAAUAAGUGGUAGAAAUACAUUAUUGGCAUAUAUCUUUUUAAACAAAUUGAGUGGUAGAUAAAUAGUUCUUUAUGUAAAUGGGAUUAAUUAAUUGCUUUUCAUUUUGCAUAAGGAGUCUGGGCAGAAGAGUAACAGCAAAAUCUAAGGAGAACCUCUGCUUAAAGUUUCUGAGGCAACUAACCUGCUAGGCCUCCAGACAUAUCUGGCCUUCUGCAUGAGAUAGGGUGGCUGGAGGAAGCAGCUGUCAGAGUAGUGUUGCUCCUUGAGUGCUAAAAAUGUGUUAAAAGGAAAAAGCUCAUCUGAAAUACAGCAGCAGAAUGAGUCGUUAUCUAAAAUCUCCUUGGAACUUUGUACUAACACUCAGGCAUUGUCAUAGAGUUGAGAGUUAAAUUAAUUUUUAAAAGGUUCAAAUAAAAUCCUUGGAGUUUUUAAAGAUCAGACUGUCUAAAACCCUGGGAAAACCACUCAGCCUUCUCAGCUGACACUGUUUUGAGUAUAAGGUUGGAAAGGAUGACCUGCUGUGGUCCCAUUAAACCAAAUUUGUCCUGUCAUGACUUUCUCUGAAACUGAAAAUGUGUACAAGUUCAAGAAGGCUUUUUCUUUUCAAUCUGGGUUACCCACCAUUGGAAAAGUAGGCUUUGAUUUUUCCAUCACAGGUUGGUUUUUGCAGUCCCAUGCUUCACAGUAAUAUUGAGUUUUCUGCUAUAAAGUUGGUCACAUUUAGAUCAUGAGCAUCAUGAUCUAGUACCUCUCUCAACUAGAACUUGCCUUUCAUAGACAAAGUGUAAAGGUAGAAAAGCUUUUGAGAAGUAACUUACUGUGCCUUCCCUAAAUAUUCCAAGAAUUCUGAAGGGGACUAGCAGUGUUAGAAUUUUUAUUCUAUCUAAAAUUAUGCCUUGGCCUCCUAUGGAAUAGAAUAUCCAAUAGCAGCCGGUGUCAAUCUGGUUCAACUCCUCUUGACUUACAUGAUAGAACUGUAGUUUUCACAACUUGAUCAAGGGCUUAAAUUUAAACAAUCAAUGCCUUGUUUUUCACAUAUAUCCAGUAGUCACUGAUUAUGAGUUCCUGGAGGAGACAAGCAGGUUUUGGUUAUAUCCCUGAUCUCUCCAGUAGUGUGGCACAAUCCCUUCAGGUACCAGGAUACAAAGCAUGAUAUUUUGUGUUGGAAGAGGGGAAGGCUUAGAUGAAAACUGGGAUAGCAGAAACAAAACUACUUUCAGCCUCAUCACAAAUAUUAGUGAAAAAGUUCUUGCACACCUUGCAUUAAUUUGUUGUCACUUUCAACAUAGAAAUAAGACUGAAUGUCACAGCAAGUCAUUGGUCCAGCCAUAGAUACCCCCUUCAGCUGAGAUUUACCCACUUGGUGAGAUACAGCAGUUGAUACAGAGAGUAUGUUAAAUUUCUGAGAGAUGAGAUGCCUUUAGGCAGAGUCCUGAGCUCCAUAGUGCCAGCUGAAGCCGAACUAAUAGUACACAAUCCUUUCUUCGUGUUGUGAUCUAGACUAAAGCUAAUAGCAGCAGGCUAAUCCUGUGCAUGGGCACUAGCCUUAUCAUGCUCUGACAAUGUGUUGCUUGUUGCAUCUUCAAGCUACUGGUCAGAAAAUACCUAGGGAGCACCCAGGAACAUGGGGAUUGACUGGUUCCUGAGGUGCCUCUGGCACCAACCUGCCAAACAGCUAUCCAGCCCUGCUGGGUUGAACAGUCAGGUGCACGGUUUUGAUUCUUUCAAGAGUUCAUGCUCACAGGUUACAAGUGCAACUGACUUAAUACUGUGUCUGUUAUUUUUGGUGGUGGUGGUUAGUUUAUUUAGACUUGUUCAUUUGGUGUUUAAAAUAAAUAUAAACCAGCCUAAUUUUCUGUCAAAAAGUACUUUUUCUCACUGAACAGCUUUGUAAGUGACUGUUACCUGGAAUUGUUUGUUCCUUUGUGCUUAUACUUAAUGCAACGCCUACAGAAAUUACCUGAGCAACUACAUCUGUGUGGCCUUUCCCAGAGCACGAAUCUGAAAGAUUAAAUUUUCUUCCCAGUCUGCUCAGCUCUGUAUAUUCAGCUGUAACACCUGCAUCUUCAUUUCAAAAAUGAAGUGAUUUCAGGAUGCAUAAAAUUGCUGAAAUUUGAUCCUAACUUUGAGAAUGCUUUAAAUUUGCUAUUUUUAGGAAAAAAAAGUAGCAAAAAUUCUGAAUUUUGUGGUUAUGUGUUUGUUUCUUCAGAGCAGACUAGUGAUGUUGCAAUUGCAUUCCAAGAGAAACCCCCUUACGAAGUCCACCCCUCCUGAGCUACUCUUUUCUGUAUUUAUUUUUAAGAAGUAAUUUUUAUUAUUUACAUUUUUAUGGGCAUCAGCUAAAUUUCAGUUCUGAUGACAGACUGAUUCCUCCUUGGCCUGUUUCAUAUAGACUCACAAUGUGUGAGCUUAGUUCUUUUUUAGCAUGACAGAAUUAGCAAUGUGAGACCAUGAGUUUGAAGCCUCAUAGAUACAUCCCCAGGGGGUUUAGCAUCAUAUCUUCACUUAUGCCAACAGGGGAAAAAGUUGUGUUAAUUCACACUAUUAAUCCAUACAUUCUGAUUCCAGAUUCUCCAAGGCUGAUCACUUGUCCAGUCUCAUUUAAAAAGGCAGUGCACUUCAAUUAUUUGAAUGAACUCUAUCAGUUUUAUUUAGGAGUAAAUGUAGUUCACCUUUGCAAAUUAAGCUUUCUUUUUGCUUUCCUUUUGUUUAUCCAUGGGUGCUCAGUGAAGCAGAAUUUGUGACUACACACAUAUUAUAUGCACAUAUAUAUGAUUGUACAUCUUUGACACUCAUUCAUUUUCCCCUGUAAGUUGUUUAUAUUCUGUGCCACCUUGCCCAAAUUUAUCCUUAAAUUGUCAUUUCUGCUGGAAAUCAAAUGUGUUAAAAUUGAAGACCAUAGGUUUAGUAACCAUGGUUCCAGCAGAGGUGGAUGGCUUGUCAUUUGUACAAUAAGGUACUUGUUAUCUGAUCUGGGGGAAAGCAAAAGUCCUGAUUUUCACAUAACUUCACGUUCACCUAUAACACACAGAAAUGAAAGUUAGAUAGAAAUUGUUUACCACAUCUGGUGAUAAAUUUCCUUGAGUAAUUCUGACAUGUACCUGCAACUAGUGAUAUAUGAAAUGUUUGUGCUGUAAGUCCUGUUUGGUAUUUUGUCAGUAAUGUCAGAUGUGUUGUGACUCAGUUGGAUCGUCACCAUGUGUAACCUAUGUACUAGCGUUUGUGAAUUUCAAAUGUCUUACAUGUUGCAUGAAGAAAAAAGUUAUAAAAAUUGAUAUUUUUUCUAUUUUCUAAUACCUCAAGACUGAGGAAUCAUGGGCCAAUAAGUGCAAUAUUUAAUUAUUUACUCAGUGUAUAUAAACUUGUGUGAAAGGGAGAAGCAUCAUGUUUGUGUGAUAAGCUGUUGAUGAUGCCUGUGUGGCUUAAGAUUUUUAGUAAAUGUACACGUCUUGUAGAAAUAUUAUAUAGUAAACACUUUACCAGUGUAGUGUAAGAAUAUUCUUAAGUAACCUAAACUAUUUUUCAUAUAUAAGACUAUGGUUAAAGAUAUUUGUAUGUUUACUGCAAGUGCAUGUCAAUUUUACUUUUAGAGUUCUGAAUGUCCUUUUUUGGGAAUUGUCAUGUUACACCAACACUACUUUGACAGGCCUUCAGUCAGAAAAUACUUAAAACCAUUUAUAAACUGCCUGCCUAUAUUUUUUAAAGCAUGUUCUCUAGAAGCAUUAAAAGAACCUUGUAGAGCUCAGCAUUUAUGGUGAGUUAAUUAUUUAUUCUUAGAGUCUGUUAAGUGCUCUGUCUGCCUAUAUUGCAUAAUAUCAUGUGGACAAGUUUUCUUUAAUCUGAUACAGUUAACUCAUAAUAUUUACCUGAAGUAAUAAAUAGGGAUAUCCAAUAUUCUUGAAGAUGACUUGUCAAACUUUGGUUGGUGCCCUGGUUUAACAUGUUUGCAAACAACUUCAAGGUCACAGUCAGCAGCACAGCAGAGUAGUGACCUUAAUUGGUCGCUUUUGACAACUAAGUUUCUUAACUUCUCUAGAUACUAAAAGUGGAAGAUACCCCUUUAAAGAUACUGAUCCACAUUCUUCACUUCAUUUUCACAUGGCUUUCAAAGUUCAACAAUUUCAGUAUUAGGAAUAAAGUGAGGUACAAAUGGAAAAAAAAUUGCAGGCCAGAGUCUAACCUAAUCUAAAUUAAAAUUAGACAUCCAGUAAUUUAUUUAUUCCUGCUUCCUUGCAUAGUUCUAAUUCACUAAGACCAUAAGCAAGGCCAUCAGCACUCAGCAAUAUCUUUGCAUACAUUUGGGACCUUAAACUCUGAAUCACUGAUCUGCCAUGGGUUCCCAGCUGUGCCCACAGACCUUGAAGAAAAGCUCAUUCUGUUAAUUCUUGCUAAAUCUUCAGUUUGAAAGGCAUGUGUCAUCUGCACUGAGAAUUUUCUGAACAGAGACAGGCCACUGAGUCUGGGCCAUGAGGAGGAAUUGGGGAAUUGUUUUUGCCAGAUAAUUUUCCUAAAAGAGUAUAUUCGUUAGUACCACACUAAAAAGUACAUAAGUAGAUUUUUAGUUUGAUCUGAUGCAUUUUUGUGACAAUGUUAAGAGGUUGAAUAAGUUAUGGUUGGUCGUUGUGUUGUUUUGUUUUCUAUUAAUUUGCUAGAUCUGUAAAAGAAUGAAAUUCUAAGGCCUACUGGAAACCGGUAUCAAGGGUUUCCUUUGUGAUAUCAUCAAAUACAUUCUCUGAGAAAGCAAAGUAGCCAAAUUGCAUUAAGUAGCACAUGACAGUACUUGCAAUGACCUGAAAAGUCCUUAAAAAAAUUUUUUUGUACCUAAUGCCGUUAAAACUUCUGCAAAAUUAUAUAGACCAGAGUGAAAUGGAAAUGUAUGUAGGUAGAAAUUUGGGAUUGCUUAACAUUAAAAGGAAAUUAUUGGCAUUAUUAUUGCUGAGCAACAAAGUAAGAGUCGGAAUAUGGGGUACCACUAAAAUGGAAAUACACAGUCUGCUACAGGACUCCCUAAACUUUUUAUUGUUAAGUGACCUGACAGUUCAAGGGCUGGAAGAUAAUUUUACCUAGCUUUUUUAUAAUUCCUCAUAGACAUGUGAUUACAUGCAUGAAAAUAAAUGCUUACCUUGAUAACAUAUAGCUGUUUUGGUUCUCUCAAACCAACUUGUUUUCUGAACUGUUCUUGAAGAAAAAUUGAAGUACGUGUUUAGGAUACCUUCAGGAGGGGGUGAGACUCAAUCUGUGCCUUCUCCCCCGACUCUUACUGCAAUAUAGCUACUGUGGUUUUAAAAAAUUAUGUUAGCUAAAAAUGCUGCUGGGUGAUAAAUUUUGUGAAUCUUUUCCAUAAAUCCAUGGAAGCUCUUGUCUGAAUGUUCAGUACAAGUUUUAUCCACAUGGAGAGUUUUAAUUCUGUGCAAACGUAAUGACCAUGUGUAUUCCAUUGGAUAUUCUGUUUGUAUGUGACUUCUGUAUACCAAGUGGAGUUUGUUUAAUUUUUUUGCUGGAAGUUUUUUUUUUUUCCUUUUGCAAUUAAAAUAAAUAUUCAAGAGAC